AUGCUCCGUUCCCUCACCCGCCUGGGCGGAAUGUCCGCCUCAAGGAUCCAUCUCCAGCAGCCCGCCCUCGCCAGGAUAUCCAUUGCUUCGUUCCACAUGGGCUCCCGUCCAAAUUCCGUCUCGGCCUCGACAAGCACAGCAACUAGCCCCUCGACCCCCUUGCCUCCUCCGAUGGGCGCCGCAUCUAUUCCCAAGCCCGAUAUCUCUACACCCUUGCCCUCUACUACAGCCAAAACCACCGCAGCACCAGGAACGGACGCAGGACCAGUAACAGGGGCAGUUUCAGGAAAAGUGGAGGAGGAGGAGGAGAAGAACCAGGAUGACGCGGAAAGCGCCGCUUCUUCCUCGACCUUUGCCGAGUUUACACCAGGCUCGCCUGAAGAGACUCGGUCCUUGACCCAGAACCCGAUCUUGUCGCAGCUGGUCAACACCAUCAUGAAGGACGGCAAGAAGGCGCGUGCUCAACGGUUCGUUGCCGAUGCACUUUUGGAGAUCCGGUCAAGGACUCAGUCGGACCCUUAUCUCGUUAUUCUGGAUGCCCUCGAGUUGACCAGUCCCAUUUUGAAGUUGACGGCGAUCAAGAAGGGUUCCAAGGUCCUUCAGGUGCCUACUCCUAUGACGGAACGACAGAGGCGUCGUAAGGCCAUUGUCUGGAUCUUGGAGGCUUCGGACAAGCGCAAGGGCGAAAAGCUGUUCAAGGACCGCUUGGCGACUGAAUUCUUGGCUGUCGUUAAUGGAAACAGUGGUGCCUUGGUCAAGAAGAACCAAUUGCACAAGAUGGCUUUGGCCAACAGAGCAAACGCUUCUUUGAAGUACUAG